AUGGGAAAUGAAAUAAAGUCAUCUCCAAACUAGACAUAAUAUUCAUAUAUGUUUAGAGGGAGGUAAUUAAACAUCAAAAACAUGAGUUAACCUCCAAAGUAUUAAAUAAAUGCAGAUAAUUUUGAAGCUAUAUUUGAUUAAAUUCUUUCUGAUACAAAUUUAGAAAAAAAGAAAUUCUCAAAUCUAAAUCUCAAAUAAAAACAAUUGUUAUUGGUGCUGCAUUACUAAGCUUUAAUUAAUGAGAAUCCGCAACUAUGCAAUUUAAAUUAGUAUUCAGAUUUAUUAAUCUAUAUUUCUUUCUACCAAGAAAUGAAAACACUGAUAGGUUUAAAUGACGAGCUAUUAACCAAUUAAUUAAUAGUUUAUGCAUUUCCAAUUAUAUAACAAUAAAUCGAAUAUCUAAAUUUAAAUAGAAGUACCUUGAAUUUUUAUGAUAAGUUGUACGUGAUGCUUUAGGGCAAUUUGCUAUUUUUAGGGUUCACACUUGAUGAAUAGCAAUUGAUAAUCUUAACCAAUAAUUUAUCUAAGUUAUAAAAAAUAUCAAACAGCUAGAUCUAAGCUCAAAUAUUCCAAUAAUAUGAAAAAAUCUCUUGGAGAUAGAUAAAUGGAUAUUAAUUAGUGGAAUCUCUAAUGAAUUUGUAAAACUAAGAAUUUUGUUUACUUUCAACAAUAUAGUUAUUAGAAACAUCUUCAGAUAAAAAACUUGUAAGAGUUAUUUAGAUUUUAUUAGAUUGCAAGCAUUUUAUCCUUUAUCAAUAAUUUUGUUGAAUUAUCUAAUGAGAAAAUUCAGUUAAAAUAGUUGCUGUUAGUUCAUGGAGUAGAAUUGAUAUUUUAAGAUAUCAAGAAAAAGUUAGAAGAUAAUAUAUUAGUGUUUUAAGAGGAUUAUUCAAUAUUAGUAGGAAUAAAGGAAAAUUCAAAUGACUUUGAGAAAAUCAUAAUGAAACAUAUCUCUGCCUUUGAGACUUUAUUAGAAGCAGGAGAAUAAGAUAUUAGGGAAUCCAUAAAUUAGUUUAGAAUUUCCUACAAUCCAAAAACUUAACCUAUGAAUAGAGUUUCAAUUGGCAAUGUAUAAUUAGCAUAAGUUAUAUUUCCAGAGUAAUUUUUGUUAAGUUUGUAGCACUUUGCAUCUGAUUUUACUUAAUAGUGUAGUAUUCAUGAGUGCAUCAAAAAACUUUAAAAGUUCCUAUCAUAAUCAGAAGUUUAUGGUAAAAAUAUUAUAACAAAAAUUUUAUAAAAUGUAGCUUAAACCUUUGUAGAAGGAUAUAAUGUCAAAGAAAUAGAGAUAGCUGACCUAAAAACACAGUUAAAUGAAUUUUAAACCCAAAAAGUCCUAAACCAAGCAUAAUGUAUAAAUAAUUCUAAUUAUCAGUGAAACAAACCUAAAAUGUCUUAUAUUAGUUGAAAUAGGCAUUACUUAUGUAUCAGAAGACUCAAAAUAAUUAGUUAUAAUCUAUUUCAGCCACCCAGUUAUAAAAUUUAGAUGAAAAAUAAAACGAAUAUAAAAUUGAAGGUUCCUUGCAGGGUUAUCCCAACGAAACACCAGUAUUAAUGACCUCUUCACUACCUGAACAAAAAAGUGUUCUAUUAGCGCCUGUAUCUUUACCACCAAUUCCACCUCCACCACCUCCACCUCCACCUCCUCUACCUUAAAAGGCAGUUUAAGCAUAAAAUAUUAGUAAUAUUAGACAAAGAAGAAAACCCAAUUAAUAACUAAUUUCAAUUGGAAUAACAGAGAUUAAGUAAAUGAAAAGUAACAUUUUCUAAACUCUUGAUGAUUCUAAAAUUGAACUAUAAUUUGAGGAAUUAGACAAACAUUUCUAAAAGAAUUAAACUAAGAUUGCAAGUUCAUUACCUAGUUCUUCUUAAAUUAAACCUAAACCCUAAUAAGUAUUAUCAUUAGACAGAUCUAGAAAUAUUGAAUUAAUUUUAGUUAAAAUAAAGAUUAAAAUGGAUGAUAUGAUCAAUUAUAUAAAAGAUAUGAACUAUUAACAAUUUACUUCAGAUGACAUUGAAAGUUUGAUUCAAAUACUUCCAACUUUUUAAGAAAUCUAAGAAUUUUAGAAAAUUGAGAAUACUAAUGUUUUGAACAGGCCUGAAAACUUUCUAUAUAACUUAAUUUAGAUAGAGAAUUAUUCUGAAAAAAUUUAAUUAUUUUAAAUUUUGUUAAAUUAAAAUCAACAAGAAAUUUAGAAAGAAUUAGAAUUAAUAGAGGAAUAAAUUUAAUCUAUUUCAUCAAAUGUUAAAUUUAAAAAGCUAUUAUGUUACAUUCUAGCUGGAAUUAAUUAUUUGAAUAGUUCUUAAAAUAAAGAUUCUUAUGGGUUUAAACUUUCAGAAUUCAGUAAAAUUGCUCCAUUAAAGUCUAGCAAUUCUUCUAAAAUUAAUUUUCUUAGUUUGAUACUAAGAAUGGCAGAAAAAAACGAAGGAGACCUAAUAAGAGAGGAAGAUUUUAAUUUAUAAUAAUUAAAGAAAUUGUCUAAGAUAUCUCUUAUAAACAUAAAAAAGUAGAUAGAAAAAAAAGAUUAAGAUGAAAAAUUAAUCUUAAAAUAUUCUGAUAAAAUAAAAGUUGAAAAUUGUGAAAUAAACGUUUUAUCAAGUUUGUCUGAAUUUUACUCAAAGGUUAACGCUUAAUUUAAUGAUAUAUGCCAAGCAUUUUUUGAAGAUCCAAAAAAAUUAGAUACGGAUUCCUUUUUUACUGAAUUAUCCUAAAUGAUUGAAUAUUUAAUUGAAUAAAAGAAGCUCAAUAGAAUAUAAGAUGAAGAAUGCUAAAGGAAAAAGGCCCUUGAACAAUUAAACUCUUAUGUACAACAAAUUGAUCUUAAAAAUAAUUUGAAAAAUCAAGACUUAGGGGAAAAUAAUGGUGAUGUAGAAAAUAAUGUAAUAAAAUAAAUUGAAGAAAGAAAGUCUUAUAAAUAAUAAGUUUAAGAAAUGCGAUUUAGAAGUUUAAAGUCUUUGGCAAAAAUAAAAAAGAAUAUUAAGUAGCAGCGAGAAUAAUAAUAAAAAUGA